GAGGUUAGUAACAGGUAAGGCAGCAAACGCAUCCGUCCGUUUGUGCGCACGUUACAACUUCGUUCCCUAGCCUGAAAAGGAUUCUUUCUUCGGUAAUCAUUGUUGCUGUUCACGUAUGACACGCUGAUCAAGCCGGUCUCCGUUCCCUCUCACUUGAUCUUUCAUAUUGUUUGAGAAGUCUUCUCCUUUUUCUAUUAACUCAAGGCUCUUCCUCUUCCUCUGCGUUAAGCCUCUGGUAUCGUUUUUUUUUUCCUCUUAGAGACGGAAGGAACCCUAGUCAACCAUGCGUCGAACCAUCAUUCGACGGCUGCUGAACGUCUCGGGUGAGAGUCCUGACUUUCGCGCGAAGCCCGGUAUUCGCAACUUGCUGCUCGACGUGCAGCAGAGCCCGUACAAGGAGCAGUUUAAGGACUACUGGUCGACCCCGGUGCCAUUUUCAGAUCGCGAGUACGGCGAGAAGCCGAAGCUCGGCGAGCCGAUCCCGACACGGCGGGCGGCGACAGUCAUCCUGGUCGGUCACAACCGCCACAUCGACCCGGCGAAGGUCGAGACCGGCGAAGACAACGACUACAAGGUGCUGAUGAUGUUCCGCGAGGGCAAAGGCCAGUUUCUGAAGGACCAGUUUCUCCUGCCGUCAUCGCCCAUGUCGCUCGAGGACGUCUCGGAGGACUGGGUGAAGGUGCUGCGCCGUCGGGGGUUAACAACGCAUUGGCCCGACCAGCACCACCGCCUCACCGCGAUGCGUGCGCUCUUUACGCAGUUCAACCUGUUGCUGAUUCCGAAAGAAGGCGGCGGAAUAGCGGAGGUGGAGGGCCCGCCCGGCCCGCGGCGGUGGCACAUGAUCUGCUACUCACAGCCCAAGGCGAUGCGCCACUUGGUGGAUGUGCUGGAGCUGCCGAUGGAGUCGUCGCUGAGCCAGCUCAUCCCGUUCCGCAACAUCGUCACCCCGACGACGGAGACGUUUCGCUUCGAGAACACGAGCUUCCUCCUCCCGCUGCACAAGAUCCCUGAAGUGCAGUACACCAUCUCUGUCACAGGGGAACGGCUGGUGUGGGUGUCGCCAAUGGAGGCGAUGGCGCGGUUCAACGCAGGCGUGAUGAACAUGCCGACGCCAAACGUAAUCGCGCUGUCGGAGCUGCACAACGAAUGCCCGACCUACGCGGAUGUGCUGAAGAAGACGAACCGCGACGCGGUGCGCACGGUGCGGCCGGAGCUGUACCACCAUGGCCAGGCGAAGGUCUCCACGGUGCUCCUCCCCGGUGACAUGCAGCACCCCGAGACGACGGAAGAGGACCGCUCCUCCAAGUACGUACGCCGCUUCUCGUACGAGAAGGACUUCCCUUACGGGGUGCGCGCGGUGUUCGAUGAGCGGCCUGCCACGCCGGAGGAGCAGGCCACGGUACUGGAGGCGGAGAAACCCGCGUUGCUGGAGGAGGCGAACGAGAUGGACAUGGUGUACAACUCGGUGCCCUAUCCGCAAACGAGGCGCGUGGUGCAGGAGGGCAAGACGGCCUACCCGGUUCCCGAUUACAAGUUCCAGGAGGGGCGAGAGAACGACGAAGGCUUGAUUCCGCUGCGCCGGGACCAUAUGGGACACAAAGUACCAAAUGUCUUCUCACAGAUGAAGUGA